AUGUACGGCGUGCCCCUCCCGACUCCUCGCGCGUCGUCGCCUCCACCAGCUCGCUCCCCACCUCGACCACCUCGGCAGCCCACAAGCACACCAGCCACCGCAUCAAGCCGCAUCACAGAGCUCGACGAUGGCCCCUCGCCCUUGCCGACACCCCCCAAAGCCCGAGCACCCGCCGAGCCCUCCCUCCUCGACUACCUCCUCGACCACCCACUCGCCCUCUGGACCGACCACAACCGCUGCUUCGACCUCGUCGCCACCCUCCUCCUCGUGUGGGAGGCCGUCCUGGGCUAUGGCAUCGUUGGCUACGUCAACUACACCGAGAUCGACUUUUCGACCUACCUGCAGCAGUCACAAGCCUUCCUCGCCGGUGCGCGCGACUAUAACCUCAUCAAGGGCGACUCGGGUCCCGCCUACUACCCGGCGCUCCACGUCUACGUCUAUUCGGCCCUGUCCUGGUUGACCAACGGCGGCAACGAGCUCAAGCGCGCCCAGUGGGCGUUCGCGGGCGUCUACCUCGCGACCCUCGCCGUUGUCUUUUUCGGCAUCUACCGCCGCAACGAGCGUAUCCCGCCUUACGCCCUCGUCCUCCUCACGCUGUCCAAGCGGCUCCACUCGAUCUACCUGCUGCGCAUGUUCAACGACGCCGUCGUCAUGCUCCUCGUAUACUCGGCCAUCGCGCUGUACAUGGUGCCGGCCGGCGGGACGGGCAAGGGCGAGCGGCGGGGCGUCGAGAUGAGGUGGAUGCUCGGGACCGUCUUGCUCAGCUGCGCCCUGUCGAUCAAGAUGUCGGCCCUCCUCUUCCUCCCCGCCCUCUUCUACCUCGCCUUCGUCCACCUGUCGCCCCUCGCCGCCCUCCAGCACCUCGUCCUCCUCGUCCUCCCGCUCGUCCUCUUCUCGUCGCCCUUCCUCACGACCCGCGAGCACGCCCUCACGUACGGCGCGCAGGCGUUCGACUUUGCGCGCGCGUUCGACUGGCGCUACACGCUCAACUGGCGCUUCCUCGGCGAGGACGCGUUCGACAACCCGAGGUGGGGCACGGUCCUCCUCGGCGCGCACGCGGCCGGCCUCGUCUUGUGGGCCGAGAAGUGGGCCGCCGAGGACGGCGGCGUCGCGGUCUUGCUCAGGCGCGCGGCGAGGUUCCCGGGUCGCAAGCCGAGCCCGGCGGGGCUCUCGUCCUCGCGCAUCGCGACCGUCUUCUUCCUGUCGAACCUGACGGGCGUCCUGUGCGCGCGGAGCCUGCACCCGCAGUUCUAUGCGUGGUUCGCGUGGAGCCUGCCUUGGCUCGUGUGCGGCGGCGGCGGCGGCGUCGGCGCGGUCGAGGGAGGUCAAGGCCUCGCCCUCCUCGUCGCCAUCGAGUACGGCAUGUCGGUGUGGCCCUCGACCGUCAACUCGUCGCUCGGCCUCGUCCUCGCCAUGCUCGUCCUCCUCAUGCGGUCCUACUACGCCGAGCUGCCGCCCGCCUCGCCGCCGUCGUCGACGGCCAAGGACGCUCGAGGUCGAGAGGCGCAGUGGGUCGUGCCGCCGCGGUGGGCCGACACGGUCGGCGACAAGCGCGAGUAGCUGCGAGGGCUGCAACGAGGACUGUGUUUGCGCUC